AUGGGUUUCUUGAAAAACUCACACCCUGAAAAGGGUCUCUCUGUUUUUACCAAAAUGAGAAGGAUUGGCGCUGACCCAAAUGCUCGAACUUUCACAGUUUUGGUUAAAGCUUGUGUUGGGGUGCCUUUGCUUGAUCAGAUAUAUGGUCAGAUAAUGAAGUUUGGACAUGGGUGUGAUGUUUAUGUUACUAGCUCAGUUAUUAGUGUGUACUGUAAAUUGAGAGCUGUGGAAUUUGCUCGUAGAGUGUUUGAUGAAAGUUUGGAUAGGAAUGUGGUGUGUUGGACUAGUCUUGUCAGUGGGUAUUGUGGCAAUGGGUUGGUUGACGAUGCCCGUGACUUGUUCGAUAAAAUGCCUGAGAGAAAUGAUGUGUCUUACAGUGCAAUGGUUUCGGGUUAUGUUCAGAAUGCUUGUUUCAACAGAGCUAUUGAUUUGUUUCGUGAUUUCAAGCGUCGUCGUGCGAAUGUGAGGUUGAAAGAGUCUCUUUUGGUUAGUGUUCUUAAUGCCUGUGCUUCUGUGGGUGCAUUCGAGGAAGGGAAGUGGAUUCAGAUGUAUUUGGAUGACCAUGGUUUUGAGUAUGGACUUGAGCUCGGUACGGCAGGAAUAGAUUUUUAUGCAAAAUGUGGAUUCAUUAAAGAUGCUAAAGAGAUAUUUGAUAAGAUGCCGCGUAAAGAUGUAACUACUUGGAGUGCUAUGAUCAUGGGAUAUGCUAUUAAUGGUGAAAAAUACAGGGCUUGA